GAGAGGAUUUCUGACACUUGACCUUCUGAAAAUUUCAACAUUUCUCGUUGGGAGGCUAAAAUCGGACGAAUUCUGGCUUCCUGUCAACUGAACUGAAUACACCCAAUUAUUAAUCAUUAUUUUUACAGCAAUGAUAAAUUUCUUCAAAAUUCUUGGCCCAAUUUGUGGCUUUGUAAUUGGCGCCGUUGUCAAUAAAUUAUAUUACACAUUCCCUGCGAGUGCCCCAAGAGGUCUAUCUCCACAAGACCCAACCUGGAUCGGUGCUUGGUGGCUGGGAUUUUUAUUUAUCGGUGUGGUUAUGAUUGGACCCUCUUUAAUGUUGUUUUUCUUUCCGGAGGGUGGAAGUAAAAAGGAUAAAAAGUAA